AUGGCAUCAGGCAGUGCAGGACUACGAAAAACCAGUCGUUCAAAAAAACCAAGCCUAAAGGCAAUGGAAUCAUUGUAUCUUCAGAAACUGGAGAAAUCGGGUUACAUCGAACAUGUAAGCAGUGAUGAAGAUGUACACUUCUUCACAGAGGAAGAUCUUUCAAGCUCUGAUGUUGAAAAACCAAGAUUGUUACAUGAAAAUGACAUAGUACAUGGAGAAGAUAUUUUCAAAUUUCAAACUAGAAAAACCAGAGAUGGACUUGCACAAAAAGCAGCACAAGUGUGUAUUCCUAAGACUCCACAUGUGGUUCGUCAUAAAACUAAAACAAGGAUAACAAAACUACUCCAGGAAGAUAGUUGUAGUGAAUAUGAAGUGUCUUCAGAGGAAAGUCCAGAAAGUAGCAGUUACAGUGAAAAUAGUACUGAGGAAGAGGAUUCUUCUGAGACUGAAAAAGAUGAAUCUCCUAAAAAAUCUCAUAAAGGCCAUACAGAAUUCAAAGACAUGAAGAUGAUACCUACACAAGCAAAAGGUGCAAGGAGCAAAUACACCAUAAAAACAGAUGAGUAUUUUGAAAAUUUCAACACAAAUAAAGUGAAAACUUCCAAUAAUACCUUGGACAAACUAAAAACCCCAAGAUUGCCCCAGUAUGAACUCCAAAAACUCUUAAAGAAUUUGACAUUAUCUCAGAAACAUAAAAAUUCCAUGAAAAGACUUUCCUUGGUGAAUGAGAGUAAUUUCCCAAAAUGGUUCUAUCUAUUGAAUGAAAAUUUCAAUAUACUCCUUUAUGGCCUAGGAUCCAAGAAAGACAUUUUAAACAAAUUUAAUGCAGAGUACCUGGGUGAUGUACCUGUAGUUGUGAUUAAUGGUUUUUUUCCUACCCUAUCAAUCAAGAAUAUUUUGGAUGCCAUUUCAAUUGACUUGUUAGAAAUGAAAGAAACCUCAGGCAAUGCUGUAGAAGCAAUGGAGUUGAUCAUUGCUGAGAUGGAAAAAAUUCCUGAGACCCAUUUGUACAUAAUGAUCCAUAAUAUUGAAGGUGAUAUGCUUAGAAACAGCAAAUCACAAAACAUUAUAGCCAGACUAGCUUCAGUUAAAAACAUCCAUAUCAUAGCUUCCAUUGAUCAUAUAAAUGCUCCACUAAUAUGGGACCACAGUAAACUCAGUAAAUUCAACUUCAUUUGGUGGGAUGUGACUUCAUUUUCACCAUAUUGUGAAGAAACAUCAUUUGAAAAAUCUCUUAUGGUUCAACAGAGUGGAGCACUGGCCUUGUCAUCACUAAAAAAUGUUUUCCAAUCAUUAACAACAAACUCAAAACAAAUUUUUUCAAAGAUUGUGAAAUAUCAGUUGGAAAACUCAAAAUCUCAAUAUUAUCAAGGAUUGUCCUUCAAAAACUUGUACAAUUCUUGCAAGGAAUCUUUUACUGUGAGUUCAGAUUUGGCUCUAAGGGCACAGUUGACAGAGUUUGUUGAUCAUAAGAUGGUUAAACUGAAAAGAUCUGUUGAUGGAACUGAAUAUUUGGUUAUACCAUUAGCAAGUGAGCUAUUACAUAAGUUUAUUGAUGAUAUUUCAUGA